AUGGCGUCUGCACUUCGCUUGCUGUUCCUCCUCUGUGGCCUCAGUGGACUGUUGACCGGAGUUGAGUCUUACCCGACGUCUUAUUCAAAACGCAAUGACUGUCCUCAAGAGUGGACUCAGCUGGAUUCUAAAUGUUACAUCUUUGAAAAUGAACCAAGGACCUUUUCAGAUGCGGAGUCCGUCUGCAACAUUCUCGGCGGCAACCUGGCCUCCAUCCUCAAUGGUCUGGAAAAUGCGAUCGUCCUCGAAGUGUUUCGAGCUGGUGGCGAAGACACGGAAGCCUGGAUCGGAUUCUUUGAUUCACUUGAGGCUGAUAACUACAUAUGGACUGACGGCUCUGAUGGGAGUUUCACUAACUUUGAUACCAGGGCGACUACUCCAGAACCAAAUAGCGCCACCGGUAACUGCGUCGAGCUCGAUCGGAACGACGGAUUUUGGCAAACGCGAUCGUGCUCGGAUGACAACGUCUUCAUUUGCAUCAGGGACGUGCACCAUCCCCACUAA